UCCGGUUACCAGCCGCCUCCUCCAGCUGCCCCCAAAGGCAGGCAAAGUCACCUCACGGUGCCUGUGCUGGGAACUGUGGGGAAACAGAGGGGAUGAGAUUGACGGGGUUUUUGUUGGAGUGAAGGACGCCGCGUGUCUGCCUGAGCCAUGGCGUUGCUGUGCUACAACAAGGGCUGCGGGCAGAGGUUUGAUCCCGAGCACAACGCCGAGGAUGCCUGCCUGUACCACCCUGGCGUCCCCAUCUUCCACGAUGCCCUGAAGGGCUGGUCCUGCUGCAAGAAGCGCACGACGGACUUCUCCGAGUUCCUCUCCAUUCAGGGAUGCACAAAGGGGUUCCACAGCAAGGAGAAGCCCCCUGAGCCUCUCCAAGAGGAGAGCUCGGACAAGGCGAAGGCCAAGCCAGUGGCGGAAUUCAUCAUCCAAGGACCAAAAUCAGCUGAGAUGAUGCAGCGGGAAAGACCAAGCUCUGAUGAGCCACGACAACUGCUGCCAAUUAAAGUAUCCAGGUCUCUGGAGCAGGCGCUGGAGAAACUGAACCUGUCCCCCCACGACAAGGUGCCCGAGGGCAGCUGCACAGGGGAGGCGGCAGCGCAGGUGAGAGCUGGCACCACCUGCAAGAACGCAGCCUGCAAGGCGGUCUACCGGGGUGCAGAGAGCAACGCAGAGGUUUGUACCUUCCACCCUGGCGUUCCUGUCUUCCACGAGGGGAUGAAAUACUGGAGCUGCUGCGGGGUCAGGACCACCGACUUCAGUGCCUUCCUGGAGCAGCCGGGCUGCAGCACGGGGCGGCACUGCUGGACGGGGAAGGCGGACAAGAAGGCGGUGUCGUGCCGACAGGACUGGCACCAAACCAGCAGCCAAGUGGUGGUGACAAUCUAUGCCAAGAACCCCCUGCCCGCCCUCAGCAGUGUGAAGGCCAACCGCACCGUGCUUGAGGUUCACGUCAUCUUUGAAGGGAAUAAGAUUUUCCAGGCAGAACUCGAUCUCUGGGGGGUCAUUGAAACGGAGAAGAGCUUUGUGAGCAUGGUCCCUACCAAGGUGGAGAUCACGCUCUGCAAAGCCAGCCCGGGACCCUGGGCCAGGCUGGAGCACCCCCAGAGCAGGGCGUGCUCCCAGGGGGAACCGGAGAAGGCGGCUGCCAGCACGGAGGAGCUAGAGGAGGACUCUGACGACAGCCUGAGCUGGUCAGAGGAGGACGACGAGGAGCUGGAGGCACUCAGCAGCACGGCAGCCGCUCAAGGGCUUUGACAGCGGCCCUGGAGGAGCAGCCCCGACCCAGAGCAGUGUGUAACCACCCUCGGCUCACAGGGGGCAAGCAAUAAAAACACAACACGCCAUAGCUCCGUGUACACAGCUGAGACGGGCUCAGAGACAGGCAGACUGCUUUUAACCUUU